AUGACCAAGCUCAAGAUUGCGCUGAUUCAACUCUAUUCAAAGAGCCUCGACAUGGAGGGCAACUACGCCAAAGCCGAGGCCUUUGUCCGGUCGGCGGCGGCACAGGGCGCGCAGCUUGCCGUGCUGCCCGAGUACCACCUGCAGGGCUGGGUCGGGCGGCGGGAGGCGCUGCUGCCGUGCGCGCGGCGGGCGGCCGAGUUCCUCGGGCGGUACCAGGCGCUCGCGCGGGAGCUGGGGGUGUGCCUCGUGCCGGGGACGCUCCUCGAGGACGUGUCGCAGGCGUCGGACGCGCACGACGAGCCGUCGCUGGCCAACGUGGCCUACUUUCUCGGGCCCGACGGCGGCGUCUGCGGCCGCUACCACAAGCGCAACCUGUGGCACCCGGAGAAGCCGCUCCUGCGGGCGCCGGCCGCGGGGGGCCCGCGCCACCACCUCGCGUUCGACACGCCGCUCGGCGUCCGCGCAGGCCUGCUCGUCUGCUGGGACCUGAGCUUCCCCGAGGCGUUUCGCGCGCUGGCGGCCGACGGCGCGCGGCUGGUCGUGGUGCCCUCGUUCUGGGUCGCGCGCGAGGCGGGCGAGGCGGUCAACCCGGUCAACCCCGCGGCGGAGCGGCUCUUCCUCGACACCAUGUGCGUGGCGCGCGCGUUUGAGAAUAGCUGCGCCGUCGUCUACGUGAAUUGCGGCGGCGCGCCAGCGGCGGCGCAGGACGGCGGGGUGGGAGUGGUGGUGCAGCCAGGGUAUGACGAGGAGGGCAGGGAGCACGCGGGCGUCUCGCAGGCCGCGAUGCCGAUGCUCGGCGCGGUCGGCAGGCUGGCGCACGGAAGGGAGGGCAUGAGCGUGGUCGAACUGGACUUGGACGUGCUCGACCUGGCGGAGAAGGCGUACAAGCCGCGGGAUGACAUGGAGCGCCGGGGGUGGAAGUAUGAUGCGGAUGUGAGUGGCAUUUGGAGAUUGCAGGACUUGUAG